AUGGCCACCUCUGGUGGCGAUCAAGCCUCCCAGGCUCGACGCCAUAUUGAGACGAUCCGACAAGAAGCUGGACUGGACGAUACUAAGGCCUCGAAUCGGAACGUUGAGAAUCUUCAGAACGCCCUCCACACCCUUGCCGACGAGCUCUAUCAGAAGUCGACUCAUUUUCUGCUGGAGUUGAUCCAGAAUGCAGAUGACAAUGAAUACAAUGUGCUUGAGCCAAGCAUAACAUUGACCUACAAGGGUCGGCGAUUGAGGAUCGAUUGCAAUGAGCGAGGUUUUAGCGAAAAGAACGUCGAGGCCAUUUGCCGAGUGGGCAGCAGCACCAAAGCCGGUGCCAACCGUGCUGCUUCUUAUGUCGGAGAAAAAGGCAUCGGCUUCAAGUCGGUUUUCAAAGCUGCCGACGUCGUUUGGAUCUCGUCCAACUCAUACACCUUCAAGUUCGACAAGAGGCAGGUAUUAGGUAUGGUGGCGCCAAUCUGGGAGAUAUUUCCUGAGCCAACUACACCAUCAAUGACGUCCACGCUCCUGCAGUUGUCCCCUGAAUAUGACGAGAAACAGCUUAUUUCGGAUCUCAAGACGUUCGACUCCCGCAUGUUAAUGUUCCUUCGCCGUUUGAACAAAGUUAAAAUCACAGUUUACGAGGCUGCUUCCACUUGGGAAACCACUCUCAGCAAAAGAAUGUGCUCGAGCCGCAACGAAACUGCAAUUGAGCUCAUUCAGGACGACAAAUCGAUGAGGUACCUAGUCAGUUCAUAUAGAGCAACCAACCUACCCAAUGAACUGAAACGGCCAGGCGCAAGGGAAUCUCAGAUAAUGCUUGCAUUUCCGGAUAUCAUUGAUCUGCAACCGGUCGAAUCUCAAAAAGUAUACGCAUUUCUUCCCAUCAGAGAUUAUGGUUUCAAGUUUCUCUUGCAGGCGGACUUUCUUCUCUCAGCAAACCGGGAGGAUAUCUUGAUGUAUUCACCUUGGAACGAAGCUCUCCGGCGAGAAUUUGUGAAUGCGUUCGUAACCGUGACGAGGGCCUACAGUCACGGCCAAUUGUGUUAUAUGUGGCCCCGAUACAUCCCAUUCUUGUCCGGACAAUCACCCUUUUUUGAGCCUGCCCGGCGGCAGAUAAUAACACGGCUGUCUCGAGAGCCGGUGUUGAAAUGCAGAACCCAGGAGCUGAUGACGCCAGCAUCCUUGAUAUACGUUCCUGAGGAGUUUUGUGAUAAACGUGGCGUUCCCAUGUCGUCCUCUCCCAGCAAUGAUCGAAAGUACUUAUGCCCUAAAUACGGAGUCUCGUUGAACGGGAAUCUGGAGGCCCUCGGGAUGAAGAUAAUGACCGCAUCCAUCUUCUUGGACCAUUUGGAUUCCUUCAUAGAGGAAAAUGCGUCGCUGGUCCGCAACCGGGAGUGGGAAUGGCAUACCCGACUCGCAGAGCUCCUGCUGAAGCUGGUAUUCGAUGCAAAUUAUCGCGAACGUAUUCUCAAAUUGCCAGUAAUUCCUCUCAACGACGGCCGCUGGGUACCUGCGAACGGCAAUUCUGUUUAUCUUCCCCAGGAGGCCGAACGCUGCGUUCCUCCCGAAGGGUUUGAACUUUGGUUGGUCCGCGAGGACGCUGCGAAUCAUCCAACAACUCGAUCCCUCUACUCGCAACUUGGCUUAAAGGUUCUGAGCCAGGAAAGCGUUGUUUGCAAUCUUAUCCAAAUACAUAUGGAUGAGUCCUUCAGUCCACACUCGAUGACUUUACAGCAACUUAUUUCCCAUGCCACAUUCCUUUUCAACGCCCGAGCCGACGACUCUCGGCUGAGAUAUCUCUGGUUCGUCACCAAAAAUGGUUCUGGUCGCGUCAGGGGCGAACAGGUGUACUUGACCUCGCAGGUUCCAUUCGCGGCGAGCCAUUACUUUGAUGACCAAUCUGAUGUCCAUUUUAUCCAUCCAGAUUACUUGGCCGUUGGUGGUGAUGAUCCGCAACGCUGGCUCAGGUGGCUCGAAAAAUAUGCCGGGAUGUCGAUUUUGCCCCGUCUUACAGAAAAGGAUCCUGAUUAUCCCUCGUCCUUUCGCCUCUCUCCCGAUUUUGCGUUGAUUAUCCGAAAUUCCAAGUCCAAUGAGUUUUUGGAUUUGUUGAAAGAGAAUUGGAAUCAUUACUCCUGGUGGAUUGAAGAUGGCGCCGGUAGAAGUAAUGAUGAUCACAAACAAGACGCAUCUCGGGAGCGACUCCGACGGGAACUGCAAAUGGUGCAGGUUCAAUGCAGAGGAUGCAUUUUCAGACCAUUGCGAGAGGCUUUUCUCCCUCUUCCAGAGCUUGUGGACAAAGCACAGGGUCAAGUACCUUUUGUGGACGUCCGGACCCCUCUUGACUCGCGAUGGGAGAAACUGAAAUUUCUUGGGCUAGGUGUCGCGGGAGAUGUAUGGUUCUAUCUUCGAUGCUUGGAAGCAUUGAGUGCGACAAGAGAAGGAACAGUUUUUGAUAAGGCUGUCAUCAUGCUAGAACAGAUUCAGGCCCGAUGUUCAGAACAUCCGGACCUUGUUAGAAAAUCAUUCGCGGAGAACUCGCUCGUCUGUAUUCCGAACAAGAAUCAGAGUCGAACAGUGCGAUGGGUCAAAGUUCGGGACUGCUUAUGGCACGGCCCCGAAUGCCUUCGGCAGUUUGUAGCUCUCGAAAACGUGUAUCCAUCAUGUCAGCGUCUCUUUCGCGACUUUUUCCAAAUAUCAAAUGCCGGGAUAAGAGAUCUUGUCCGUGAAGCCAUUCUGCUCAGGACAGGCCAACCUCUAUCCUACAUCAGAGACCUGCUUCUCGAGAUUGAAAAGCGUCUGGAGACUGAUGAGCCCACUACUGCCCUUGACGUUAUUCAAACACGUGGUCUGUGGCCUGUGAAAAGCAUGGCAAAUGAUGGUGAAUGGGAUACACUUGGGUGUGCGAAAAAUUCCACUCCGUGGUUUAUUGCGGAUCGGACACAUUUGUUUGAGAGUUUUCGUGGGAUCGUGCCUUUGCUGGCGUUUGAGGUUGAGGAUAUCCUUAAAAUGCCUCUCCUUUUACGAAAACUUGGAGGUGACAGAAGAAGGCUGACACGAGCAGCCACGAGCAUAGCUGAGAGCAUUGGUUCCACUCGCCCUAACUUGGUGUAUCAGAAAGACCUGCGAUCGAGAUCGGAUUUUAUUGCGAGACUUAUCCCAAGAAGAGAACUGGGCAAGAAAGACAAGAUGGCAAAACUGGAGAGGUUAGAGGUGUUUUUCACCGAGAGAGUGAUACAGAAAUGGUCUCUUCAGGUGGGUUCCUGCUCAAAACAGGGACGCUCCAAAGAUGGGAAUGUUGUGGUAUCCACCGCGCAUGACACCCUCAAGAUUUAUUUCAAGGAACAUUACUUCGAAGAAAAUAAGACACCGGGCGAAUUGAUAGAGGCAAUUGCAAGUUUCUGUUCCAUUGAGGAUAGACAUCUGUAUCUGCUCACUAUCGCGUUGACGGAGAGUCCUCAAAGGAUUCACGAAUGGUUUCGACGGCACGGCAUUCCACACCUCAGUCUCGAUGAGCCAGCAUAUGAUAUUGAUGUCGAAGGAGAUUUUGAUCCUGGAUUUGAGAGCUUUGGUUCGACAAAUGGUGCCCUCCAACCUCGAGGAAAGACUGUCUUCAAGUCCGAUUUACUUCGGAUGUUUGCACAGGUCCACGCCAGGGGAAAAGGGGCGGCAUCUACAUCCUCCUCUACCUCGGCAGAUAUUAGCCACAUCAUCGUACUCGAUGAUGGUUUCAGCGGCCUAGGUGUUAGCGACCUAUACAUUGAGGACGAUGACGAUAAAAUGUCAGUCAAAUCGGCAGCUGAUUCAACUCUCUCAGGAAGAACUUUGGUCGACAGAACGUUGAGAAUAUUCGCCAUUCGCAACCGUAUGUCUAGAAUAAACCGUGGCCCCUCGGACCUAGCACGACGAGACGCUGAUGACGGACUGGAGUUUCUCGGUCAAAAAAAGGUCUCGCAGGAACUUCAGCGCAUGCUCGGCUCGGCGUACGUUCCCGAAACCCACUGGACGAGUCCUCUCCGGACGCGAAAUGGACAUAAGCCAUUUGUCGGGGAAAGGAAUAUUCUUGGAAAGAAGAAGAUGUAUGCCAAUUUCACGCUCACUGAUCAAAGCAAGUUAUUCACUCGCUAUUUCGCGCAUCGGUACUCAGAGGCUGGUAAAUGGAUUGGCAGACCGCCCGUUUAUCAUCUUGAUGUGAGGACAACCAAAGGGGGUUUUCCCUCUGAGUUUGCGUGGAGUAAUGAUCAGAUGAAGAUGGCUCGAGUAUAUACUAUCUCGAAAACGAAUCACGACGGAAUACCUUCAGAUGUGUAUUUCCUCGUCCGUGUUUUCAAUACAGAUAAGAAGAUCGAGGCACGGUUUCUGUUGGAUCCGUGGUCAAUGUAUCUUGCAGACAAAAUGCGGGUGAAAGCGGACCAAGAGUAUCGCGCAGUGAUACAUGGAAGCUGA